GUAAAGUGAGAGUGCCCGUGUGUUAUUCUGACGUACCAUCGCGAGUUGGUCUAUCAUGAAGCUGUCAGUAUUAUUACUGACCCUCGCAACUCUAUCGUCCUCAUCGGAAAUAUCAAGCGAUGAUUUUUUGAGACGAGCUGCCUCACAGUUAGAUCGUCUGUCAGUCUACAAACAGACAAAACGGGACACGAAGAACCAACUUGAGUCGAUUGCACAGUACGAGAGCUUACGUACUAUCACGAAUAAAAAUGACAAGAGAAAGGGAGAUAACUUUGAAAUAAAUUCGGACUUAGGUCAAGCUCAAGAGAUACUUCUUAACGAGGAUGCCAUGAGAAGGAUCGAUGAGCUUGCCACUAAUGCUUACAAGCUUUAUAACGACCCCAAUUACGAGGCAAUCAUGCGAGAGAGGAUAAAGAGAUCAGGUAGUGGAGAUUUUAUAUCUGGAAUUGCUGGUUCCGUAUUAAAUGGAGUUACUGGAUUAUCUGGAGGGUCCAGUAGUGGCAGCAGUGGUGGUGGUCAUGCCUACGACUCUUAUGGCGCACCCGUCCAACCUUACGAGAAGCCUUUCAGUAUCUGGGACUUCAAAAAAGCCAUUAUAAAUACCGUAAUCCAAGCGGUAAAAGCAAUAGCAGGUAGCGCUAUUGCGUUUAAAGGUCACCUGAUCAAAGGCGGCGGUUUCGUCGUUCAAACCGCCGGAAGAGUUAUUUCUUCAGGAGGCGAAGCCGCAGCUUCGUUAGGCUCCCAGUUGGCCAGUAGUGCACUCAUCGCCCAAUCUUCGCCGGUAGCUCACAGCCCUCCCACUGGAUACUCUUAUAAUCCACCUCAGCAACAUGAUUAUUCUUAUGACGGGCCUCCACCAAGUCAUGACUCGUACAAUUCACCCGAGAGUUAUAACAACGGCCAUUAUGACGCAGCCAACGACGGCCCAGGGAAUGAGGCAGGUUUGCUGUUAAUCAAACCAACAAAAUCAACUCAGCCAUUGCUACAUAACGAAGAUCCACGAAGUAAUGGCGAUAGUUAUCAACCCCAGCCUGAACACUCGGAUCCUCCAGGUCCACUGCCGCUUCAAGAAACUUCAACAAAAACCGCUCAAUUAACAAAACUUAUUGGACUGAUCACCGGAACUAUAGGAUCUCCAGUUCACUCUAAUAAUAAUCAUCACACAAAUAAUAAUAAUGAUAACUAUCAAGUAGAGCACAAAGAUCAAGAUCAACCUACUGCGCAUACUCACGCACUGAAUCACCCGAUCAGUUACCAAACCGGCCAUGACCAAAAUCAUCAAAGUUCCGGCCAGCCUCAAGUUGACUAUGGAAGUCCAGGAUAUCAAACAGCGUUAGCGCAUCAGCAAAUCCAGUCACUGAUAAAUCCGUAUCUCGGUGUGCCCAUAAACCCGCCGACAAGUUUCAAAGAUCAAAGUUUUGACUACGCGAUGUCUUCGGACGCCUUGAAAAUUCCGAUUCUCAAUCAAAAUAUUAAUAAUCACAAUGAAAUUGAUGCCUUGAUGGCAAUCGGGCCAACGGGAUAUGCGAACUCUAAUUUCGAAAUAGUCCCGAGUGUGCAGAUCGCCGAUUGGUCGAGGUCAAUUAUGAUUCCUAGGCUCAAAAAGUACCAACGUCGUCAUAUUUAUGAAAAUAGCGCUGAUAGAUUUAGAAAUAAAGCAUACAGUAACAAACGUUCGAAAAUAUAUUACAUGUUUUAAAGUAGGGGUAAGACUUUUUUUUUUAGGUGACAAUAUUUUUGCACACCUUAAAAUUUUUGUAACUUUUUCGAUUUUUCACUGUGAUGCGAAAUAAUUGUGCAAGAAAAAGUCUUUCUGAAUAAAUUGUCGGGGUUCUAGAUCGAUUUAGUUUGAUUAUUAUGCCGGAAAAUUGCAUCCGCAAGUCCGCAGUUUAUAAUGUUCGCAUGGACGGAAACGCAAUUUCAGUAAAAGUAUCCAAUUUUAUGACUUUAUUUUUUUCGCAUCGGCUUUAGGUCAGUGCAGAAUAUGACCUAGUAGCUUAUAAAUAUUUAAUUUGUUUAAUUAUUAUUAAUUAAUUAAUAUUUUUGUGUCAUUUUAGUUUUUUGAGGUGUGCAUUUUCAUGAAAUUAUUUAAAAUAAUUAGUAGCUUGAAUUUUUUUAAUAUUCGAAGUGUAAAAUUGAAAUUUUUUUGAAAUUUAUGUAAGGCAACAAAAAGAGGGCAAAAUGGAUGCAAUUAAAAAAUCAAAUUUUAAUUUCGUCUAUUUAAAAAAAACUAUAACUUUUGAAAUUUUCAAUUUAUCGAUUUAUAACAAAAAAUUUUUUUUGUAGCUAGUUAAAUUUUUUACAAAAUUGUCUUGAAACUUUUUUCUGUAAUACCAUAAUUUUGAGAGCAAUGCGUAAUUUUUUAUAAAAACUUAAAUUUAAUUUUACCGCCAAAACUAGAAAAGUGAAUUUUUGAAAUUUUUAAUUUUAAAAAAUUUCCUCUGGCUCCAUUUUUCCCUUUUUUUUAAGAAAUGAAAAUACAUUUAUAUUUAUAAUUAAUUAUAUGAAAUGUCAGAGUAGGAAGAUCGAGAUAAUCUCGGCACUGUAAAUAUAUGUAUAUUUUUAUUUUAAAAUACCGAAUUUAAUAUUA